CAAGCCGCCGGACGGGAACUGUCAAAAUCGCUUUCCGCUCAAAAUUAUAACCGCAUCUGUUCCGUGAGUUUCAAACUGUUGACCAACUCCUGAAAAGGGCCACGGAACAUCUCGUAUCCACCGGUGCUGUGGCCUUGGGUAACGCGCGCCAUGCAAAAACUCCGGGCUUGCUGUGUUCCGUGUUGUAAGCGGGAGAAGCUGGAGCUGGUACAUAAAUUCCCGGCGGAUAACGAGCGAGCCGCGCAAUGGGUGAAAAUACUGAAUGUGGCCGAAUUCGAUGGGCUACCGAUCGAUAACAUCCGGAAACGGUUCUUCGUCUGCACACGCCACUUCCGCGAUUCGGACUACAAAAACAAAGCUUCCCGGUGUAUCAACAUAACGGCGGUGCCGUCGUUAAACCUGAAAGGCCUGACUGAUGCCGAGGGUUUACAGCGCGUGAUACCCCCGCUCGUUCGUCCGGAGAUUGGCCACAGCAGUGGCAUCAUUACCACCGCCGUCAACAACACGAUUCGUACAUCCUUGGUAAACAGCCAGCCCGCAAAGAUCAAAACCGUUACCCUGGCAAACACGCCUUCGAAGGAGGCCAUGAAAACUGGGUCGGAUAAGAAAGAAUCUCCAUUACCGUCAUUGGCACCGGAUCCAGUUGCUAAGGCUUCACCGCCUAUCUUACAAACGGCACAGCAAACGCCGCCAAACACAACAAGAGUCUGGAGGUCUACGCGAAGGUUAUCACCGACGGAUGUACCGCUAGCGAAGGUGCCUAAGCUCGCACCCCAACCUCAGUCGAAGCCAAAAGAACCGAUCGUGCUGCAGCGCGUGAAAAUGGUAUCGCCGAUGGCGGUUAGGAAGAGUGCGGCCAGCUCCAAGAUGACGCAAACCGAAUUGGAGGACGAUCAGCAGCAACAGCAGCAGACAACUGAUAAGCAGAACGAGCAGAACGAUGGUGAUACCAGUAGCACCACGACCAAAGUGCUGGCGCUGCUUGAGUGUACACCGGAGAAUUUGCAAAAGUUGCGGCGAAAGCUGGAUGAGCAGGGUGGCAUCCUUGCCCUCAAUGACCGCUUGUGGCAAGCGAUGGCCGAUGGAACGGAAGAUGAUAAAGCCAUGAGUACCGCAAAAGACACCACCCAGUUUCUAACGAUCAAGAACUCGGCUACGGAUGAAACGGUGCGCGUUAGCUACGUUUGGCUGCGCGAUCAUUGUCGCUGCCGGGAAUGCUACAAUGAGGCUACCUAUCAGCGUUCGUACUCGAUACUGGAUCUUCCACUGGACAUACAACCGCUUACAACCCAGAUCAACGAUCGAGAGAUCAUUAUAACGUGGAACGAUGGCCACCAAUCGUCGUAUAAUGUGGACGAAAUCAUGGACAACAGCAUCGAUGUGUACCAGAAGCGCCUGAAGGAACGGCGAGCGCAGAUGAUUCUUUGGGAUCGCGAUGUGAUCACUGCCAAGCCGGCGGCUUAUGCCAGUGUUACGCUGAACGAUCUGCUGUGCGAGGACGAGAUGAUGAACCGUAUUGUAGCCAGUUUGGUGACGUACGGGUUUGCCCUCAUCACGAAGGUACCGCCCAAUCAACAGAGCACGGAAAUGGCCGUUAAGCGGUUGUUCCCGAUCCAGAAAACGUUGUUCGGAGAAAUGUGGACGUUCAGCGAGAGCAAGAUGGAUCACAGUGACACGGCGUACACGAACGAGUACCUUGGGCCACACAACGACAAUACGUACUUCAGUGAUGCAGCUGGCUUGCUGGUGCUACACUGUAUUCAGUUCAACGGACAGGGCGCCGAGACGGUGCUAGUGGAUGGCUUUCGGGCAGCGGAACGGCUGCGGGAAGACGAUGUGCAUGCCUAUGAGCGGCUGUGCUCGUACCCGCUCGAGGCGGAGUAUAUCGAGGAAGAUAAACAUCAUCGACACGUGGCCCCGGUUAUUCGGUGUAACAGCAUAACGCAAACCGUGGAACAGAUUCGCUUCAAUCCGGCUGAUCGCGCGGCACUGAAGAGCAUCCCAUCAGAAUCCGUGCCCCAGUUCUAUGCCGAUUAUCAGCGUUUUGCGCGCGAGGUGUACAGCAAGGAACUGGAGUGGAAGUUCCAGCUUACGCCGGGUACCGUACUGAUAUUCGACAAUUGGCGCUUACUGCACGGACGGAUGGCGUACAGUGGAAAGCGCGUCAUGACGGGUUGCUACGUGGCACGUACCGAGUACCAGAGUGUGGCCCGUAAGAUGGGAUUAAUCGAAUAGUGGCACCACCAGUGGUUAUUCUUAAAAUAAAGAAUACUUUUUUUUUAUUGAAAACCCCA